CGCAGGAUCAAGCUCCUGCUGCUGCUGCUCUCCCCAUCGAGCCCGUCCGAACCGGCCAGUCUGCUACUUCCAACCGUCCCACGUCGUCCGCAUCCAUUACCAGCCAGUCUAAGCCCGCCGCCGCCCCUAUCGAGGCCGACCCCUUUGCCGUGAAUACGGAUGCUAAGGCAAAGGAGGACUUUGAGAGUGCUUUCGCUAGCUUCAAGAACACGCAAGCCAAGCCCGCUGCUGCUGCGGAGACUGCAAAGGCUGGUGGAUUCAACAAGGUUGACUCGGAGUUCCCGCCUAUUUCGGAAUUGGAGAGGGACGAUGAGAGUGAUUCGGACAGCGAGGCGGGUGAGGACAAGGGCGGGUUUGGAUUUGAUGAUGAUUUCGCGCCUGCUAGUCCGGUCAAGCCUACCGUGGGUGCUGAGGCCGGCCAAGCUGAAGCAGUGACUGCGCCAGCUGCUGCUGAGCCAGUUGCCAGCGAGACACCUUCAUUCACUACUGCCCCUGUCACAUCUACAGAUUCUCCAGCUGCCCUAGAGGUAUCUAACAACGAAAACCACAGCACUAGCGCCGCCGCUACUAGCAACACCAACCUCGACGACAUCUGGGGCACUGGUUCUCCUGCUCCCGCCGCUGCUCAACCCCCCGCUGCUGCGCAACCUCCUGCUGCCGCCUCUCAAGCCUCCUCCAAGGGUGCCUUCGACGACCUAGAUGACGAAUUCGCCGACCUUGAAGACGCCAAGGAAGGCAGCUCCGCCGACGACGUAGAAGACUUUGCCAACAUUUCCCGCUCCGGAUUUGGAGAUGACGGUUUUGGCAGCGGUAGUCAGUUCGGCUCUCCCCCGCCCAGCCAGCCCAAGAGUGAUUUCGAUUUUGUCCCUUCCCACCAGGCGACUCAGUCGCAGGGAUCGUUCGCUGCGCCAAAGGCGGAUGCUCAUGACUGGGACGCCAUCUUUGCGGGUCUGGAUGACGGAAGCCAGGCUCAGCAGGGUGGACAAAGCCCGUUUGAGAGCUUGGAGACGCCCAGACCGGGAUCGUCGGCUAACCCCCAAGCCCAAACUGGUGGGGAGCAGAAGGAGGGUGGUGACAAGGAGCAGAAGAAGGAGGGUGCUGAGGAGAGGCCAGUACCCGGCAGAGCGUUGACGGAGUCAGGCGAACACGAUGAUCCGAUUGUGAAGAAUCUGACGAGUAUGGGGUACUCAAGACAGGAUGCCGUGAAGGCGUUGGAGAAGUAUGAUUAUAAUUUGGAGAGGGCCGCCAACUACCUUGCUAGCCAGUCCUAAGUAAGACUUUGCUAGUUUUGGGGAGAGGUGAUUUGAUGGCCAGAUUCAGUGAAAAGAUAACAUCAUGCGAGCCACGGCGAAGCCACAUAUCGAAUGGUUUGAAGAUGAACCAUAUUACGUGAAAGCAGGCAAGUGAGCAAGAAAAGAAGACCCUCAUGUGGACGAACAUGUGAAGUACGAUGCGAAUUGUUGGUCGGUUGGGUGGCUGGCAACGAUAAGCGUUGCGUAAGAAAGAAGUCAAGAGUCAAGUCGAGUCGUUUUGAUACCUCCAUCGUUUUUUAUUUCCUUUUUAAACAAAUAUCCUGUCUGUCUCUGUCCUGUCGGGACAUGGAAGCUACCUACCUAUCUCUAUCUUUCAAUUUCUUUUUCUGUCGAUGUUCGUCUACGGGUAUCUACCUACCCCAGCAUGGCUAGCUGAGUUGCUAUGCCGCAACUUCUUCUCUUUUUGUAUGUUAUGUACCUGGCAGUACGGUACAGUACUGUGUUAGUUUGUAGUGGUAAUAUCAAUAAGUGGAUGUAGCCGCUUGUCGAGCGGUUGUUGA